GUUUUUGCUGGCGCGACCCAUGUGCUAGGGUCUCUAGAAUCGUACAUGUGCUAACCGUUGAUAUGAUAUUCGCGGCUUUGGUUCGAAGUAAACGUGUGACCUUUUUGGUUCGAAGUAAACGGUCGUAACCUUUGGUUCCAAACAAACGUGUGACGAGUUCGCGUGACUUGUUGAUGACAUUCGCACGCUUGAUUGUUGUAAGAAGGUUCAGCAGCAGCAGCACCGAGAGGAAGUUGUGGAGGGUUAUCUUUUACGGGUCGGACAGCUUCUCUCUGAAGUCUCUCCAAACCUUGAACGAAAACAGGCUUAAAAAGACCGACAUACCUCAAGUUGUUGACUCAAUCAAAGUUGUGUGCCCAAAGCUCAAGGGCCUAGUUGCGGAUUAUGCGCUCAAGGAGGACCUUCCAGUGUCGGAGUGGCCUUAUGCUGUGCCCAAUAACACGUUUGAUGUCGGAGUGGUGGUGUCAUUUGGCCACUUGAUUCCUGCCAGCAGCAUCCAUGCUUGUAAAUAUGGGAUGAUCAAUGUCCACCCAAGUCUGCUACCAAGAUGGCGGGGAGCCGCGCCUCUGGUUCACACGCUUCUUGCCGGCGACACCGAGUCUGGCAUCUCAGUGAUCACAGUAGCACCAAAGAGAUUCGACACGGGCAAGAUAGUGAUGCAAAGGACAGUCGCUGUGCCUCAAGGAAUCCACCUUGUCGAGUACACCAGCAUGAUGGCCAAACUUGGUGCCAACCUGCUGUUGCAGUGCCUUCAAGACCUUCCAGUGUUACUGUCUGCAGCUCAGGAUCAAGGCUCGGAGGGAGUCACCAGAGCCUCCAAGAUUUCACCAUCAAUGGGUGCUGUGCGCUGGGCUCAGCACACAGCAGAGUACGUCGACAGAUUGUACAGGGCUGUUGGAAACUUUACGACACUGACCACCUCUUGGCACGGCUGCCGAGUUAAACUGUUUGACAUGGUGCCUCCAGAACAGCUUGCCACUGCCAAACUAGAACAGCUUGUGAAAACCGAAAAUGUGAAGCCUGGUCACUGCUACUAUCAUGCCAAGCGCAAGAUACUGUGCAUCAAGUGCAAGGAAGGAUGGGUAGCGUUCUCAGCCAUCACUGUAAAAGGACACAAGAGAAUGACAGCUACGGAUUUCAGCUGUGGUUUCCUUGGUAAAGUGCCUGAACAUGAACGGUACUUCUCGGAUGAGAACAAAGUGUGGGAGGCAGCAGUGAACACGUGACCAGUUGUUGCAAGUUCAGCCUAUAAUAAUUUAGCGAUGUUAAAACUAGUACUUUGUGUGCCUUGUGACUACAUUGGGCAUUAUGGGCAUCAGUAAAGUCUAUGAAUUUUUA